UUUGAUGCAUCGAUUGGUGCUUCCUUCAUUGUUAGUAAAUUCGCAUCAUAAAACAACCCGCUUUCUCAGUUCAGAUUGUUCAAAAGUUCCCCAUAAAAUCCUCGAAAAAAGCAAUGGAAGACUGUGUGGAAAUUCAAUCCUCCGACGAAGGCGAACCCGAACGUAUCGGUAUCUCGUCGGCGUCCUGCUCGCCCCUGCCGCACGCGGAACGCUCCAAUACGCCGGUCUCCGCAAAUCUGCGACAUUCGAAUCAACAACAGGCGCAACAGCAGCAAACCAUCUCGCAGCGAAUCACCCGCCGGACCGAGAACGGACAGCUGAAAAAGCUCGAAACGGAUCCCAAGUUCUUGGCCAAUUUCAACCCAAAUACAUCGCGCCGUGAGAAGCGGAAACUGAACAGGAAAUCGACGCCGCUGGUGGUGCCCAAGGCGACCGGACUGUACACCGAGAGGGGAAUCCAUCGGGAAACCGGGAAGGAUAUGUGCGAUUGUUUGGAUAUGAGCUGCCCCGGGUGUCACUUUCCGUGUCAGUGCUGCGGGAGCGCCAAGUGCGGACCGCAUUGCCGUGCGACGCGCAAAUGGAUGUACGAGAGUAUCGAGCAUGACGCCAAGGAUCUGGUGAUUAGGAACAAAUUGCUGAUUAAAAAAUAAGCUUUAGAAUUUAAGUUUGAUAUUUUGCAUUAUCGAGAGUAAAUAAAGAUCUUACAUAUGUGACUAAUAACUACUUGUCUUGAGACACAUACAUAGCUUA